UUCAACCACUAAACCAUCCUCGAGCAAGUGUCAAGUCGGGGAAAACACGGCAAUUCCUCAAGAAAUAAUCAAGUCGUGGUGUGUAUUUAGGAUCUUGGGUUCCAUGACUAAAUUGCUCCCAAUUUUUGGAGGAAAACAUCAGGGAUCUGAGCUCAAAAAAGACCAAUUCAACACGGAAAUUGAAAACAUUCAUUUAUCAUACAAAACACACUGUGGUGUUUUGGAGUAUGCCGGACUUGAAGAAAGCCUGUUGGUUUGUGGCGUGUUUUGCAGUUAUAAUUCUCCUUGUAAUUAAUAAAGCAAAUGGCCUGAAAUGCUACUCAUGUGCCAGCGAAAACUCAUUCGACGAGUGCCAUGGAAGAAUAAAAGAAUACGAGUGUCCCGAAGACUUUACUCGAUGUCUCAAGGCUAAAUGGUCUCUCGCCAUUGUUGGGGACAUAAGCGACGGCUAUAUCCUCGGGUGUGCUCGACCUACUCGGUGCACGGCGGGAAAUUACACUGAAUGCAAUGAAGGGUCCGGGAGAGUUACCUGUGAGAUCAACUGCUGCCGAGAGGACCUUUGUAACCAGGCCGUGCCUAGGAUUCUGAGUGGGCUAGCUGUGUUUUUACCAUUUGUUUCAUUCAUGCUGAUGAUAUUCUGGGAUUGAUUGAUAUGCGUGUGGUUUCACUGGCAUGAGGGAAUUUUUAGAUUCUGACUUUUAUAUUGCCAAAUAAAAACCAUUCCAAGCGCACCAAAAAUAACAUUGAAGUUAUACCGCUUGCUUGGAUCUAAAGAAGAAAACUAAGCAUGAAUGCCAUUGCCGAAAUAGACAGAACAAAGGCAAAUUUUCAGUAGAGACCACGGUAGAGGAUCCCCUUUAUAUAGAAAUUUGCCAUAAGGUCUGUUGAACAGUGGUAAUGCCCCAUCCAUAUACCUCGUAUCAUGUGCGGCUUGGUCUAUACCAUGGCCCAACGCUCUCGCCAGGCACGCCAGUGUGCUAGUUGAUUUGUUGUGUCACGUACCAUUGCUAACACGUGAUAAACAUUUGCCUAACACGUGCCAGGUUCUCUAUGGUGUAUGGCGCCACGGCUCUUAGACAGCCUCUAGACACGUGAAUAACGCGAAACACGUGAUAAACAUUUGCCUAACACGUGCCAGGUUCUCUAUGGUGUAUGGCGCCACGCCUCUUAGACAGCCUCUAGACACGUGAAUAACGCGAAACACGUGAUAAACAUUUGCCUAACACGUGCCAGGUUCUCUAUGGUUUAUGGUGCCACGGCUCUUAGACAGCCUCUAGACACGUGAAUAACGCGAAACACGUGAUGAGCUUCUCUAUCGUCCGUUUAUUUUGACGGCUCUAGACGGGAUUUGCCACGUGACUGACUAGUGAGCACGUGAAUUGUACUUAAAAGUCACGUUUUGUAAUAUGGCUUCUUGUCAAGAAACUUUGUAGUUGAGGAUCAAUCAAGAUCAAAUGGAAUUUAAGAGGUAAAGGCGCGACUAAAAGCUGGAGAGCUGAACUAUAAAUUUGAGCAAUAAAAAGCGUGGACAGUUAAGCAAACAAGUAUUGAAAUUCAAAAAAAUACAUAUCAAACAUAUUCCCCAAGGAUAGUGUCUUUCGUUUGCAUUGCCUUAUAUGGUCAUUGAUGCCCAUAUUUAGAAGAGCUAAAGUUUUCCCGCUCCCUGAUCUCCAGAAAAUAUGGUAAAAAAUGCUGAUUCCAGUCAACUUGAGACUCGUGGCAAGAAUUUGUCCAAAAAAACCUGACAGAUUCGUCAAAUUUUUAUCUCACUAAUCUUAAAAAGCCUUAGACCCAGGCCUCACAGAGAUCGACCGUGCGGGUUUGAAGGUCACCCAAAUAUUGAUAUGUGUCUUUAUUUUAUAAAGAUUUUCUAUGUGUGUAGUUAGAGAAUUCCAAUUAAAUGUAUGUGUGAUAGUCACUCUCCUGUGGUUUGGUGAAAUGUCAAUAAGCCUGCCUCAUACAGUGGCGAAAAUAUAAUCACGCGCA